AGUGGCACGUAGUCAUAGCAAAGCAGUCUACAGUUUACAGUUCCCGAGGCUCGCAAUUCCCCGUAAACACAUUAAUGAUUGUUGAGUUUUUAAGGUUUGGGGAGGAGUGGUGUAGUAGCAGUAUAUGUAGGGACUAGGGAGGCCAGGGUUGGUGAUACAACAACGUAAUUAGACAUGGAUGAAGAGGUUUGUAGAAUGACGGAGCUGUCCAAAGAGCUCCAGGAUUCAGCCGCCUCCUUGAUCUCUCGCUCUUGUAACGAAGAAGCCUCUCUUCGUCAGCGCGCCCUUUCUCUCCACACUUCCAUUUCUAAUCUCCGUUCUUCUAUUUCCUCCUCCCUCAAAAAAGGAAACCUUCACCCCCAACACGCCCUUAAGUUGGAGGAGGAGCUAGGCAGAGCCAGAUACUUGUUGACUCAAGGAGAUGCUGCUGCUUUUCUUCCCACCAAAUCUCAUGGACGUUUCUUGAGGAUGUUUAUUGGUCCACUCAAUGUUCGUGCCACUCGUAAAGAUGUCCAGUUGAAAGUUAAAGAGGAAUACAAUAGCUUUAGAGAUAGAACUGCACUGCUGUUUCUUGUGUUUCCCCUAUUGCUACUUGGGUUAAGGUCGUGGACUUGGGAUGGAUGUUUACCUGCAUUGCCAGUCCAACUUUACCAGGCUUGGUUGCUUUUUCUAUACACUGGUUUAGCUUUGCGGGAGAACAUUCUAAGAGUCAAUGGAAGUGAUAUUCGUCCAUGGUGGAUAUAUCAUCACUAUUGUGCAAUGGCUAUGGCACUUAUCAGUAUGACCUGGGAGAUAGAAAAGCAACCAGACUGCUCACAAAAGCAGAAAGGUGUACAAUUAUUCCUGUAUUGGGCAAUCAUGCAAGGAGUUGCAAUGCUUCUGCAAAAUAGAUAUCAAAGGCAGAGACUCUAUACUCGUAUUGCAUUAGGCAAGGCUCAGAGAAUGGAUGUUGUGUGGGGAGAAACUUCCGGAGUAGAUGGUCAAUUGUGGUUGUUGUGCCCUAUUCUAUUCAUAUUACAGGGAUUUGAAGCAUAUGUUGGAGUACUGUUGCUUCAAACUGCACUAGUUGGAGUUGUUUCUGAGUGGCAGGUAAUUACCUGUGGGAUCCUUCUAAUAGUUAUGGCAGCUGGAAAUUUUGUUAAUACUGUGCAAACUCUCUUGACGAAAUCUCGAUUCAAAGCAAAAAUGAAGAAAGGAAAGAGCAAGGAUUAAAUUAAAGUUACAGGACCCUGUAGUUGGGAGAGACUCAUCUCGAGUCUAAACUAGUAUAAAAGAUGUAUUAUUUGUUUUCUUGAUUUUGUUAGUGUCAGGCUGUCAGCAUUCUCACCUCUAUAUGUUCAGGUCGUUUUUAUUGUGAUACAAGUGGUCAGAUUUGAUCCGAAAUCUAGUUCUAUACUGCUGCCUCACAUUUUGUACCAAGCUUUAUGUUUUUUUCUUUUCACUAUACCCAAGUUUUACCUUUAGGUCCAGUGAUUUAAAUAAGAGUACAGUGCACUAUUUGUACUCGCACUUCACUCAAGACACUACUUGUAAUACUGUAAUUCAAACUCAAGCACUUGCAAUAUCAAUUUUUGUGUUUCAUUA